AUGUCUAUUGCUGGUUCUAUCUUACUUGAAAAUAGGGACAAUGACGGAAAUAUCAUUGAUGAUAAAGAUACUCAAUCAUUCGAAGGAUUGAACUUCAAAAUCAAACUCUCGACCAUCCCUGGCUCUAGAAAUAGUGCAAUAUUGAUUUUUUUAAAAGAAAAUGGUGAUGAAACUUCAAUUCCAAAAUUUAUCAGAGGUGAAGAUGUGAGCGAUACUACUCCAACUCGCAUGGUACCAAUUCCUGGUACCCAAUAUUUCUUGAUAGAGCAUCUUCCGUUUAUGACAAUUUUUUCUCUGACGCCUUCGGUAUUUGGUUUUGGAAUUUUUACACAUAAUGAAACGAAUUCAUUCGAUACAACGCCACGGAUAUGGCUAUACGAAAAAUAUUUCGAUGGAAUAGUGGUUAUUCGAAUUGCUAACGUAAAUCCUAAUGAUGGUGAACUGUGGCUAAGGCCAGUUUUAUCUUUACACCCUGUAAAUAUAUAUGCUCUUCAAAAGAGCUUCUUACUUGUUUUAUACUAUAAUGCUUCAAAUCCGGACGAUAUUAAUACUCAUGAAGAAUGGGGAUGUAUUAUUGAUUGGAAUGGCAAUUUAUAUGAUAAAGUAAAUUUCUCAAAGGCUAACAUCGAAAAUGGUACAUUGGUCCCUGACGAAAACUUAUUAGAAGGAAAUAUUCCAAUUCCAUUUAUCCAAAAUGUAACAGCAUAUGAUUCUGUGGGUACUGUUGACGAAGGUUAUAGCAUAAUUAUGGCUAAUGUCAGUGACGACGACAAAUUAGCACCUCGGUCUAAUAUUACAGCAUCUAAUAUAUUUUCUGGUAUUUCAAAUACUGGAUUGGACAAACUUGUACAUUCAACCUCACACAAAACUUUCUUACACGAAUUACCCACAAUUUCUACGGGAUGGUUUGAAUCAAGUAUUCCUUGUGGUGAUAAUGAUUAUUUAAAUUUCCAAGUAAAUUCUACAAGUCUUUCGAUAAAUGAAAAUAUUUCAACUUUAACGAAUAACAUUACAAUCACAUAUUAUGAAACAGUAGAACUUUCUGAUGGAAAUAUUACAAUCUAUCAAACCGAAGAUAAUCAAUUCUUUGCAGAUCUACAUCUUGAACUAUCUAAAAUUAUUCCUGUUAAUAUUAAGCGACUAAAUUCGAAUCGGAAAACCCAAGUUGAUACCACUGUUAGUCCUAAUCAUCAAAUAUUGAUCUUACUUAAUAUUGAAUCAUCCAAUGUAGCAUCUAUUAUAGAUGAUUUAAAUGAAAUGAUUACACAUAAAAGAAUGACUUCCAUUACCACAAAGUAUUUAGAUAAAGAUUUUGGAUUUAAACCAAAAUGUGAAUAUAUUUGA